AUGAUCACCUACUACGGAAACUUCAUCGACAAGAUGCGACAGAUCCGCACACCUCUGGACGCUCUACUCAAGAAGGAAACCCCAUUCGAAUGGUCGCCCGAGUGCCAGGACGCCUUCAAGCGCGUGAAGGACGUUCUCGCCUCGCCACUCCUGCUCACACAUUUCGACCCCACGUUGGACAUCAUCGUCGCGGCCGACGCCUCCGACUACGGAAAUGGGAGCAGUGAUUCUACAUCGCUACGCCGAUGGCUCCGAGAAGGCAAUCUGCCACGCCAGCCGCAGCCUCACCGAUGCAGAGAAGAAAUACGCGCAAAUAGAGAAAGAAGGACUUGGUCUCGUCUUCGCAGUUCGGAAGUUCCACCGCUACAUAUUUGGUCGACGCUUCACGCUUCUGACGGACCACAAGCCGCUUCUCACCAUCUUUGGCAACAAGAAAGGACUGCCGGUCUACUCAGCCAACCGUCUUCUACGCUGGUCGCUGAUUCUUCGUGGAUACGCAGACGAAAUGGAUCUCUGGAAAAGUUCUACUUCGCUUGAGCAACGCGCUGUACGACGUCCUGGUCAACGACAACAUCGUUCGCCGACACGCCAACCAGCUGCGCCGACGCGAAACCGACGACACGCCGACCAUGCUCUGGGACGACUUCGACUGGCCGCAACCAUCGUCACCGUCGCCAUCGCAGUCAUCAUCGUCAUCAUCGCCGCCGUCGCCGUCGCUGUCGCCAUCACAGAAGCUGCCACCGUCCGACAACGACGUUCCCGCCGCUUUGAGACGCUCCGAACGCCAUCAUCAACCGCCGAAACGACUGAACAUGGACCCCACUUUGAAGUCUUAUGUUUAGUUUACCUAAAGACCGCAAAGCCACGCCCCUUUUUGCGAUGGUGAAAUGCGAUGGUUUUUUAGAUUUCGUGUUUGAUGUUUUCGUAGGCGCAAUACUGAAUCAAACACAGAGAAAUUUGGUGGAAACAUAGAGAAAACCUUCCUCUUUAAUCUGAUAUACUUUUCACCCGAUUUUCGUAGCGUUUUAGCGGAGUGUCGUACAAAAAACUAAAACUACUUUUUUUCUUCGGGUUUUUUUAACCUAGUUCCAUGUCGUUGGCGUCUUUUUUUAUUUUCGAAUUCGAUUCUUAACUGAAAAACAAAUUUUUUUAAGACAAAAAAAUUAAAAUUUUUUUACGGUGCCUAAUCUUCGUGAGGCCGCGCAAAGUUGAAAAAUGUUGUACUCGGUUUCGAAAGCGUGUAAGUAAAAAAAUUUUUUUAUUUUUAACUUGUGGAUUAAAUUGUAACUAAACUUUUUAUUAAUUUAAAACUUAUUCCGAAAAACUUUGUUUUUCUGAGAAAAAAAUAGACAGUGAAAAUUUCGAAAUUCAUUUUUAACAUGGUCAGAUGUCUUUGGCGCCUUUUUUUAUUUCUUAAAUAUUAGCGUAGGGACCGCAAGGCCACACCCCCUCGCUGACCAAAAAAACGUCGUAUAUUUCGUUGCAUUUUUUUGACAUUUCAUUGUUGUUUAUGCAGUUUCCCUGAACCGUUUUUGGGAAAAAAAUUGAGGGAAACAUACAAUCGGCUAUGCUCUACAACUCUACAUAGAAGAAAUAGCUGUAAAUAAAAAGGAUCGGUAAAAAAAUGACGUUUUUUUCGCGACGCCUUUGUGCGAAAAAAAGUGGAAAAACGUUGAAUACUUACAAUCCCGCUCGUAGGCAAGUUAUUUUUUUUUCUUAUUUUGUUAAGCAUGUGAAAAUACACCAUAUAAGUAAAAAUAAAAAGAUUCCUGCUUGUGCUUUCAAAUAUCGAAGCGUCGGAAAAUCGCAACUUUCGAAAUUCGGGAACUUUGGCAUUUUCCGCGAAACAUCGUAAAAAUUUUUUUUGAACUGUUCUCUAUAAAUUUUUAGAACAUUUUUGAAAAUAAAAAAACAAAACUUUCAUUCCAACCUUAAUUUUUAAAAAAAAUAAGUUUUUGAUUUUUUUGAUUUUUUUGAAACACUUGGAAAAAGUGUUUUUAGCCGCCGUAGGCAAAUUAUUUUUUUCUUAUUUUUGAUUUGAAUUACUUUUUUUCUUCAACAUAGUUAAAAAAAUAAAAAAAUCCUGCUUGUGCUUUCAAAAUUUGAUUCAUUCUAACGAUAAAAACAGCGUCCUGCAUUUGCGCGUUGGCGAAAUUGUGCAUUCACCGCCCCACGAAAAUUCCGAAAUCGCGAUGUUUUUAAAGCAAAAAGAGUGUAAAACUUUUUUGAAAUGAGUCAAAACGUUCAGUAAUGUGAUUCGGAAAACAAAAUAGAACUUCACAUGCUUUUCCAGAACAAAAAAAUUAUUUUAGUCUCGCCAAACUCCCACUAUCCGGAUUCCACUGGAAAACACGUUCAAAGUCGGGAUAUUCACCUGAAUAAGACAUAAAAGUGGAUUUUAAUGAGUUGAGCGCAUUUAAAAGUGCUGUAUUGCUACAAGAAUGGUUAUAAAAAGUCAUUAAUAAUUAAUUUAUUCGUGUUUCUAUGGAUUCACAACCUUUUAUUGGUUCCGAGUUCUGUACACUAAGAAUAACUGACGAGAUAAAAGCGAGGUCGGUGGCGGUACAUUGACGAGCUCGCAAACAUCUCGCUUUUUUUCAAGGCGCGAUCUCGCAUUUCUCUCGGCGCGGCCUCGCAUUUUUUUCUUGGCGCCAUCUCGCAUUUAUCUCGCACUUCGGAAAUUUUUCAAAUUGCGAGAGAAAUGCGAACUCGCGCCUAGAAAAAAAUGCGAGCUCGCGCCCAGAAAAAUGCGAGACCGGCGCGUGAAAAAAAAGCGAGAUGUUUGCGAGCUCGUCAAUGUACCGCCAGUGUCUCGCGUUUAUCUCGGCAGUUAUUCUUAGUGUAUCGAAUCUUGUUUCAGGGAGAUUUUGCGUUUAUCCAUGCUUCCUAAUGAUAUUUUAACAGUUUUGAACAUCAAAAGCAUUGAAAACUCCGUGAAUAUUAAUUUUGCUUUUUAUUGCCGUUGAAAAUCGUUCAACUUAUUGUUUUUAAGUGUUUAUUUUUGCUGGUCCUCAUCUUUGGACAUUGUUCUAUCAUUUCCAAUAAUGAAAAACUAUCAUUAGUGUGUUUUAGUGCGAAAAAAAUUAACAAGAAACUUUUUCUCUAAUUUUUUUACUGUUCUUUGAGAGCGCGCCGCACCCUUGCAACGCCCACUUUUUUCGCGACCUCGACCAAAUUUUCUACAGAGAAUUGAAAUCGCGAAACGCGCGCUUUAAUGGCUGUAAUUUCGUUCAGAGUCAAUAUUUUUCCAAGAUCUGUUUUUUUUAAAAGUUGCCAGGACUAUGAAGCACACGGUCAUAUGAAAAUCAUUUAAAUCUGAUGGUUUCUAGAAAACUGCCUGCGGUCCCUAUAUUAGCGUAUCUCAGUUUUGAAUCAAUCAAAAAAAUAAAAUAAAAAAAUUUCCACCGUGCCUAAAAAGUUUAAUUAUUGUUAAUUUGAAGCCAACGUUAAAAAAAUAGGUGAUCCGAACACACGUGACUAAUAAUUGUUCAACUAUCAUAACUUUUUUUAAACAAGAUAGUCGGCAAAUGCUGUACUUUGAGGUGAAGUGCUGUAUAGCGCGAACGCCUUCCAUCUCCGAGAGAUGUGCGUGGAGCAGCGCAAGUGCGCUUGCAUACGGUUUUGAUAUCGCGAGCUCGAUCCUCGCAGCGGCCAUUUUUUUUAUUUUUCAUGAAAAAACAGCUUUUUUCUUCAAACUUGUGUUUUUUUAUACAGUUUAAUUAACUUAUUAUGACUUUGAAAAACCUAACUAAACUACUAAAAAAAUUUAAAUCCGAUAUGAAAACAAAAUGAACGACCAAAAGUGUAAAAAUCUAAACUUUCAGUACUAAAUUUCGCAACUUUUUUUCACUACUGUUUUGACCAUAACUUUUUUUGUUCUCAACCUUUUUUAAAAAACUAAACUGUUUUGAAUAGUAAAUUAGAGCAGCUAUCCAGCCAUUGUAAUAUUGAAGUUCGAAAAUUUUUUUGAAAAUUUGGUUGCGGUCCCUAAGUUUACCUGUAUAAGAUGAUUUCCCCGCUAACCAUCAUCUUAGGGGGAGGUGUUGGAAUACCACGUCUCUCUAAUAAAUACUCUUAUCUCUACGUGAGAUGGGUAUAUAAGGCGGCCCUUUUACCUCUUUGACACUUCUUCAUUCUAGCAAUAAACCUGCUACUUCAACUUCGACUUUGGGCUACCGCGGAAACAACAGUUUUUUUAUCCGGGCCGGCCAUUUUUGCUUAAGGCCUCCCUAGGGCCGGGCCGGGCUUGGGAAGUGGCCGGGGCCGGGAGGUUGACUGGGCGAUCCUCGCACAAGCCUGGCCAUAA